UCGACUCUUAAUAUGAAAUGUGUAAAGCUCACCAAAAUUCGACCGUUGUAAUCUUCCUCUUCACUCUUGAAUCUUGAUUAACCUAAAACCCUCUCUGCUUCAACAGAGAGCGAAGAAAAAGAACCAAGCCUCAUUCAAGAAAAAAGCAACUAACUUAAUUCCAAUAAAGAAUGGAGUCACCUGAGAUCAAGAAACAGGGGCUGAAUCUCCCGGCAGCAAUGUCCGGAGCCUCGCUGCGACUCGAUACGUUCUCGCUCUCGCUCUCAGCUCGCUCCAUUUCCAACCUCUCAUCUUCCUCGCCAUCAAGCUCCAAGUCCUCCACCUGCAGCGACAGAUUCAUACCCUGCAGAUCUACCUCGAGGCUCCAUGCAUUUGGCCUCAUCGAUAAGCCUUCCCCUUCCAAAGAAGGAGGGAACGAUGCUUAUUCCAGGUUGUUGAAAUCUGAGCUAUUUGGUUCUGACUUUGUUUCUUCUUCUCCUUCUUCUUCUUCCCCUGCAGGUCAAAGUUCACCUACCAAGAACAUUCUCCGCUUUAGGACCGACCAUUCUGGAGGGCCCUCUUCCCCUUACUCGCCUUCCAUUUUGGGACACGAUCAUGGACUCUCCAAUGAGACAUCAACUCCUCCUAAGCCUCCCCGGAAAGUUCCCAAGACACCCCACAAAGUUCUUGAUGCUCCUUCACUCCAAGAUGAUUUCUACUUGAAUCUUGUCGAUUGGUCCUCGCAGAAUGUUCUUGCGGUUGGCCUCGGAACUUGUGUUUAUCUUUGGAGCGCUUCAAACAGCAAGGUAACCAAGUUAUGUGACUUGGGACCUCAAGAUGGCGUCUGUUCUCUUCAAUGGACUAAGGAAGGUUCCUAUAUAUCCAUUGGUACAUGUCUUGGUCAAGUUCAGAUUUGGGACGGAACUCGCUGUAAGAGGGUCAGAACUAUGGGUGGUCAUCAGACAAGAACUGGCGUCCUGGCGUGGAAUUCGCGCAUUCUGGCUUCAGGAAGCAGGGAUAGAAACAUACUUCAACAUGACAUGAGGGUUUCAAAUGAUUAUAUAAGCCAGCUUGUUGGCCACAAAUCUGAGGUAUGCGGGUUGAAAUGGUCAAGUGAUGACAGGGAACUUGCAUCUGGUGGAAAUGAUAAUCAGCUACUGGUAUGGAAUCACCACUCUCAGCAACCCAUUUUGCGAUUAACUGAGCACACGGCUGCAGUUAAGGCCAUUGCUUGGUCACCUCACCAGAGCAACCUCCUUGCUUCCGGUGGUGGAACUGCCGACAGGUGUAUUCGCUUCUGGAAUACGUCAAAUGGACACCAAUUGAACUGUAUUGAUUCUGGAAGUCAGGUGUGCAACCUUGCUUGGAGUAAAAAUGUGAAUGAGCUAGUGAGUACUCAUGGGUACUCCCAGAAUCAGAUAAUGGUAUGGAAAUACCCUUCAUUGGCAAAGGUUGCAACUCUAACUGGCCACAGCAUGAGAGUUCUUUACCUAGCAAUGUCACCUGAUGGACAGUUUGAUUUUUUUUUUGUGACGGGUGCAGGGGAUGAAACACUACGAUUUUGGAAUGUUUUCCCAUCAGUGAAAGCGCCCGCCCCUGUCAAAGAUUCAGGGCUUUGGUCACUGGGACGUACACAGAUUCGUUGAGGAAGAGGAACUACUAAUACUACCAAUUAUCACUGUAUAUUUUUAUUGAUGAGAUACUUACACGAAUUAUGUGUU